AUGACGGCUCUCAUCGGACCCUUCAUCAUGGCCUCUUCCGCCAGGGCUAAGAAGAGAGCUCUGGCAAUCCUGGCGCCCUACCUCCGAUAUUUUCUCCCUUUUCUUCCCUUUGCGCUCUUCAUUCUCUCCCUCGUAUACGCAGUGCCCUCCGAUAUCUUGAGCUGCGGCGUUGAAAACCAAUGGACCCGCCUGUUCCGGGCCAAGAAUGAGGAUGCCGUGCGUGGAAUUGAAAACGCCUUUCAGUGUUGCGGCUUCAACUCGUUACAUGAUCGCGCGUGGCCAUUUCCCAGUCACGAUGUUGACGUGAGGGCCUGCGAGAGGAGCCUGGGAUAUACACGUCGAUGUGUCGACCCAUGGCGGAAUCAGGAGCAGGCCGCUGCGGGAUUAGUCGCAUUGGCCAACUUAUUCAAUUGGAUCCUUUUGCAUCUCGUCGAUAUGGCGGCGCAACCGAACCGACAUUCCAUGCGCUUUCCAGUUGUUCCUGAUGCCCGUCCUGAACAAGCCAGACUGCUCCGAGGAGCAGAGGAGGACCAGGAACAUGGUAGAACCGAGAACAUGCAUAUCUCUUACUCCAACCAUACUGGCGCAGGCUGA